AUGGUCAUACGCUAUUGCGUCCGGCGAGCUUCAACUGUCGCGAAUAACAACAAACAUGCAGAUGUCCGUAUAUCUAAACCCAAGGGCACACCCCACACGGGGCGCCCACGGUAUCGGCGGACGGAAAUCACCAGCGAGGAACUCUGCGAUGACGUCGUCGACCGACUUCGCCCGACCUUACCGGCUCCUCACACAUGCGAUCUGAUCGAUAUCAACCCCGGCACAGGCAGGUGGUCUCGAAAGCUUCACGCCGUGUUACAACCGCGACGACAUGUGCUCGUUGAACCCGCCCUCCCCUCCUAUUCCGACCACCUUACCCCGCUGCUAGAUGCAAAAAACUCGAAAUAUCGACACGCUUCACUGCUCGAAGAUGCUUUACGACCCGCCAGUGGUCUGUUGUCCAAGCACGUCACGGACCAAGCCAACAACUCAACUGAUCUCGCCCAAACCAAUUCAUCUCUGCUGAUAACAGCAAACAUGUCUGGGGUAAAUCUCAAAACAAGCAACUACUGGGGGACUCAAAGCCGGAAGUUCUUUGACGACCUUUACCUCUCGCUUUGGAGGACUCGCAGUAACAUCCAUCGGUAUGGCCUAGUUCGAUUGAUGGUGUGGAUUCCAGACGACGAGAAAGAUGCAUACAUUCCAAGAACGGUGUCUGCGCGUCGAAAACAGUCUGUGAUGCUCGAAGCCAGUCAUCAUAUCGUCGAAGUGGCUGGCACCUCAACUCACACCAAAUCCACACGUCUGAGAAGGUGGCCUGACUUAGACCUCGAAGACUCGGCGAUUGUUGCAGCAAGAGAAGAAGCCGCCGGAUCUAGGACGCCUGCUUCAAGAAGAGACAGGCCUCCGUUGCCACAUCUUUUGAGCGUCGAACCCAUCCCAAAAGAGAUCCGAAAGGUGGAAUUUACCACUGAUGCGGAUUGGGUUCCGAGAUUUUUGGAGUUGGAGCAGCGCCUGAGGAGAACAGAUGCCGCUUGGUUCAAGAAGUAUGGUUACGUCAAAUAUCCUCCUAGAGGUGGCCUUGCCACGGCUGACCGAAGAGGCUGGCGGGAACUGAGAAGGCGUGCAAGAACUGCGUACAAUACUCACAUGAAAGCGGUUGGUCUCAUCAAGGAAGAACGCGAACUGAUCUCAGAGUGGAGGAAGCUUCUGCUGAGCUCGGCCGACCAUUCCGUCGAGGAAAAAGAGGAAGAGCAACUAAAGACGCGAGCUUCGUCCCUCGACCUGCGAAUCAAGAAGCUCAACAGAACCAAUAGGAGUUUCGCAGAGAAAGCCACCGACGACUGCAGGGCCUACGACAUGGUUCCGCCAGUGAUGGCAUGGAAUCGUCGUGAAGCAGAGCCAUUGAUUGUUCAGAACGGCGAAUUCGACCCUCGUGAUCGACCCAUGGCCCUUCUCGAUGUGACACCACGCCCAGAGUUCCUCGAACGAAUCGACACUCAUGACAAGAUGGUCUGCUUUGGCCAUGUGGUGAGACAACUCGUUCCGUACUUCGCCAAAAGCGUGUCCGAGGGUCUGAAGACGCUGGUCCACGAGAGUAUAGACGACUUUGUCGCCACGGUUCCAGGGAUCCGUGAUGUCACCAAGGGCGGAUGGUACGACUUGUCCGCUCUGAGAGUGCGAGCACUUCCGGCCGAGAUGUUUGUAGAGAUUGCGUUGGCGUAUGAGAGAUGGCCGUUCCGCCAGUCGACAGAGAGCAUCUUGAUGUUGGGCGUCGACCCUCAGGCCGCGUACAGUCUGGGCGAGGACGAAUGA